UAAGAAGACGUCGUGUGACAAAUGUCAAUUUUUAUUUUCUAGCAUAUGAAAAUUUUAUUUUAUGAAUUAUGAAUUAAUUCUGUCAAGCAUUCCUAUUUUUCGGGAUAAAGAAGUAGUAAAACUGUAAAAAAUUACGUAGGGUAUGAAGAAGUAAUAGAUAAGACGUGGUGGUAUGGUUUAUUACUUUAGUCUGUGCUAAGGGCAAAUAAAUUAUAUAUAAAAUAGUAAUAAUAAUUCAUUUAAAAUGUCAGUUACCCUGAUUUCUAUUUUGUGAUAUCUAAUAAAAUUUAAUCCUACUUCGAAAUCGUAUGAUAGGUCAAUAAAUAUAUUCUAAAUCAUACGCGUUCAAAAAUUGGAAAUUAUUAAAAAGUUUUAUUUGCAGAAAGGACACAAGACGAAAACAUUGAUAAUUAAAAUAAAUCUGCUUGUUUCAGUCAUAAUGGAAAUAAUAAAUGCAAAUACUGCAUUUCUAUCAAAUUUUGAAGUUAUGCAAAUUUUGCAGCAAUUAAAAGAUAAUACUCAAAAAAAGCACAAAAGAGAAGCAUCUCUAGCAACUGUUACAUAUGAGACUGUCAGAUAUUUACAAGACACGGAAUGUCAACAUCAAAGUAGUGAAAAAAUAAAGAAUUUCUUAGAAUCAAUAAAGUCAUUUAAAUUGACCAAAUUAGAAAAAUUAAUGAUGAUCAAUACACCACCUAGGACAGAACUUGAAAUACAACUGAUUGUUCAAGAGAGUGAAGAACGGUUAUCAGAAAAUGAUGUAAAACAGAUUAUUGUUGCAGCUAACGAAAACUUUCCACAAGCUAGUUAAACUGAAAGCAAUUGUUGUUUUUCUAUUUAAAA